GCACAGGGGUUUAGAGUAGAGCUGGAGCUCUUUGAAGAAAACAGAGAGAUCUUUCCUUUUGUUCCUUUUUUUUUAAAACAGAGUAUCGCUCCUUUAUUAAAAGUCAGGAUGAAUGCCGUACAGCUGGUGGCUUGUGGACUAAUCAUGAGUCUUGUGUUGGUCAGAACAGAGGCGAGACCCACAACACCGAGCCAGCAUAAGGCUCUGGAAGCUUUGCUUGGAGAAGAGCUGGCGGAUUUCCUAGCUUCAGGUGAACGCAGGAUGCGACUGCUGAGGGAACUCCGCACGGACACUCGCGCCAAGGGCAUGUGGGCACGCUUCACAAAUGACCAGAACGGCUCACGAAGACACAAAUCGGGAACUAAGAAAGGAGGAAGCACCACCAGAAGCGGCUGCUUCGGACACAAGAUGGACAGAAUAGGCACCAUCAGUGGCAUGGGCUGCCAACCGGCGUAUUACCCGUCCACAAACAACCUCUCCUGAGUAUCCGUAGGAUGAUGAGGUUUCGGACAAUGCUGACUGUCUCCUUUUGAGGAAAAGCCUUACAAAUGGAAAAAAAAAAAGCUGAAACGGAAGAACGGUACAGAAAUCUGCCAAGAUCGAGCACUAUGGGGAAACAAAUGUAAUCAUCAAAAA